AUGUGUCCUUGCUCCGCCGUGAUCAACGAAGAGACCAGCCAUCGUCCAGUGCCCGGUUACAUCACCCUGCUCUCGCGGGAGGCUGGACUGAACAAGAUCGAGCAGUAUGCAGUGGUUGGCGUGUGGACGCGCGGUCGAGUGUCAUCGCAGUUAUGGUACGCGUUUGAUCCACGUAUGGUCACUUGGUUUGGUUGGACGCAGCAUGGUGCUCCACUGGUUGCGCCUCUAGCCGCCGACAAAACUUUUUUAUAUUUAGUUAUUGUACGUAGUUAUCUUUGA